CGGUCUGAAGCGCGGUCACCAUGGCUACGCUUCAACACAGCCGCUGAGUGAAGGAUGGAAAGCUAAGCUACAUUAGCUAACCGUCUCUACCUUUGCACUGUCUGAAGGCCUUCUUAUUCCCAUGGCGACCAGACCUGCUUUUACUGACAGCUUGAUAGAAGAUGAAGCUGAGAAGGAGUAUCUGCUGGCCAAGCCUGCCUGCUUUAUUGUUGUCGGGAAGCCGGGUAUUGGCAAGUCUACCCUUGCCAGGAAAUUAGCCCAAACGUGGAGAUGUGUCCUCAUUGACGACACGGAGUUGCUCAACAGUCAUAUUCGUGAUGGUACGGAGCGAGGCGAAGAGCUCUCAGCUAUCUUGGCUGAAGGGAAGAGCAUUCCGGAGGAGAAGGUGGUCGCGUUGAUUCUUGAUAAACUCAAGUCACCAGAGGUGGAAAACUAUGGCUAUGUUCUUUCAUGCCUGCCGUCGAUGUCUGAGGAAUACCUGAAGAUACCUGAGCAAAUGGAGUUGUUUAAAAACCUAAAAAUGCCACCAGACAUCAUCAUCAACAUCAAGUGUGCAGACAAAGAUCUGAUCCACCGGCUGGGGGGCCAGCGGCAGCAUCCGGAGACAGGCCGUGUGUUUCUGAAGGAGCAGUGGGACCCUGUGAAAAAGGAGACACCUAAGAAGAGGAGUGACUCUAAGGAGGAAGAUGAAGAAGAGGACGAGGAAGAACAGGAGGAUGAGGAAGAGCAGGAGGAGGAGGAGGAGGAGGGAGAGGAGGAGGAAGAAGAGCUACAGAAGGACAUGAUCAGCCACCUGGUGAGGGUGAAGGAGAAUUUCCCAGAGGAGGCCUGCCAGAGGAUUCAGCUCUAUAAAGACACUAUACUCAGGCCUUUGGAGGACUACAUGGCAGAUCAUGACCCCCAGUACCUAUUUGAACUAGAUGGAAACAAGGACCCAGAGGAGCUUUUUGGGUGUGUAAUGGCUCGCCUGGAGUCCAUGGCUGUGAGGAGAGCGGCUGUACCUGUACGCCUGCUGUUCGAAGAGGAGGAAUUGCCAGAGGAGAUAGACACGGAGGAGCUGUUGCGUAUGCUGUCCUCCAGAAAUACUGUUUUACCAGGCUUCCGCUGGCGUAGGAGUCGAUGGUCCUGCACUUGCCCUGUUGCACUCAAAGAGGGCAAGAUCAUCAGAGGCAAACCAGAAUUUUCAGUUGGCUUCCUGGAUAAGAUGUACGUCCUGUCCUCUCAAGAGGCUUUACAGAAGUUCAUGGUGAAUCCAAGAGGGUACCUGCUCCCGCCCCUGCCACGCCCACCUUGUAAAGUGGCUGUGAUUGGGCCACCGUGCUCUGGAAAGAGCACUCUGAGUGCACUAUUGGCUAAGCGUUAUGGGGCAGUGCUGGUAGAUUUGAAGAAGCAGAUGGAGCCAGUUUGUAGACAAAGUCAGGCAAGAAAUGCUGGAGAAAGCGCGUCAGGAUGCGAUUACUGCGGCCCUGGAGAAGGUCAAGGUUCAGAUGGAGCUAGAUGCCACACAGUCCUGGUGAUGCAGAUGCCAAGCUCAAAGAGGAUGGACAGACUGAAGAGGUUGGUUCUGAAGCAGCUUCACUGCCAACCAGCGGAAUAUUUUCCUUCUGGGCUUCCGGAUAUGGACAGCUGUGAAAACGAGGUGACUGAAGAUCACCCCGCGGUACGAGCCCUGGUAGAAGAGGCCAUAAAAGAGGCGGAGCAGGCUUCUGUAGAACCCCCAGAGGACAUGUGUGUGGAACUCCUACAAAAGACGAUCACAGAGAUUGAGGCAGAGGGUUUAAAUGGAGAGUUUAAACGAGGCUGGGUGCUGGACAACUUCCCCUCCAACAAAGCUCAGGUGGCAGCCGUUCAGGAGCUGCAGCCCGGCCUCAUGCCUGAUGUGUUGUUCUGUCUGACAGACAAUGAUGGGGAGACAAGAACAAUACUGAGACGGAUCUAUGAGCAGAACAAGGAGGUGGUGGAUGCGGCUGUCCUUGCCCGACUGAAGGAGGAGCAGAGACAGAAAGCAGCAAAGAGCCAAGACACACAGCAGCUUGUUUUGGGCUCAGAAGAGGAUGUGCAGAAUAGCAGUGCUUUUUCCACACUGGCAGCUGUACCUGAGGAGUCUGAUGGGACUGAGGUGACGUUGCCUGCUGCAUGGGAGCAGGGCUAUCCUCCUGGUCCAGAGAUGAAAGCUUAUGAGCUGCAGGUGAGGAAGUUUAUGCAGGACUGGGAGAGCAUGGAGCCCUCUAUCACUUGCAACUAUGCUAUACUGGAUAUCGCCAACCAGAACCCACAGCACCUUCUCCAGGAAAUGGUUGACCAAAUGGAGCAACCGUUUAAGUAUGGGGCCUGGGAGAUGUCCGGCGUGGACCAGGAUGAAGAAGAGGAGGAUGCACAUGCACUGGCUGAGCUGGAGACUGAUAUGGCAGAAGAAGAUGAGGCUGAAGAGGCAGAGGAAGAAAAAGAAACUAAAAGAUGGUUCGGGGACACUAACAAGUACUGCCCAGUGGUGCUGAGGGAGAAGGGCACUCUGGUUCCCUGCACGGAUGAAUUUGCAGCCAAGUACAGGGAGAAAGUCUACUACUUGUCCAGCGCUGAGGCACGUGAGAAGUUCCUGCAGGACCCAGCACGUUAUGCUCCGUCCACUCAACUGCUGAAGCCUCCUGCCCUGCGCAUCUUCCAGUUGGGAGUACGGGGCUCGGGAAAGACCACUCAUGGCCGCUGGCUAGCUCAGCAGCUGGGUAUUUUCCAUAUCCAGUUCAGGGAGCGGCUCCAGGAGCUGAUAUUAGCAAAGACUCAAAGCCGUGUGCCAUACUCCGAUGAAGUGGAACCCCCUGAAGAGCCACCUGAGGAGCUGCAGGCUCUGCUGCAGCAACAAGCACAGGCCAGCUCCACAGAACUCCCUACUGAACCAGAAGAUGGGGCGAAUCCAGUACUGACAGAUGAAGAAGAAGCCAUAAAGUCAUAUCUGUCGGAUGGAGAGCCGCUGCCACAAGAGAUCAUGGAGAUGGUUCUGCCACAGCUGUGGAAUCAAGAGCCAUACAAAUCCACUGGGUUUAUUCUGGAGGGCUUUCCUCAGAAUCCAGAGGAGGUGUCCUUUCUAGGAGAGCAUCACUUAUACCCUGAUGCUGUGGUGGACAUGACGCUAGAGGUGACGGAAGUGGUGAAGCGCCUGCUCCCCCCACGACUCGCCCGCUGGAGGGAGAGACGUGACAGAAAGAAAGAGCAGAAACAGCUGCUCAAAGAGCUACGCAGCAAAAUAAGGGAUGAAGCCAUCGCGCAAAGAAGAGCUGAACUGAUGGCUGAGUUCACACCUAAAACUAUCAAAGAAAUAGAGGAGAAUGAAGAGGAGGUUGAGGAGGGGGAAGAAGAGCUGCAGGAUUGGGAGCAAGAGCUGGAGGCCAUGCUGCUGAUGGAGUUUCCGCAUGAGGAAGAAGAGGAUGUGGAGGAAGAGGAGUCUGAGGCUAAUGCAGAGGAGCGUUUAGAGACGGAGAUCGGUGAGAGGUUCGACACAGAUGAAAACAACAUCACUAAGAUGAUGGAACUUCUUGCUGAACUCCAGAUCCCUCGUCUGACAGUCAGCGCGGGCCGUAAGCCUCACAUUGUGCGCUACCAGAUACUGCAGAAAGUCCAUCCUUUGGUGGAGAAUAGGGAAGCUCUGUUUCAGCAAUGUCGUCCCAUCAACUAUGGUGUUGCCCGAAAACUCUUACACUCCUCUUACAAGUUCUACAGUGCUUUUGGAUGCUGGGACCCUGUCCGGCAUUCAGAGGGAGAUCUGAUGCAGCAUGUGCAGGGUCCUCUCAAUGCCAGCUUCCCCGUCAUCUUCCACAACUUCAUUUACUUCUUUUCCUCCAAAGAGACACGCAACACUUUCAUGCUGAACCCCAUCAAAUACCUCCGGCAGCCCAAGCCCAACCCCUCCCUGCCCAUCAAACUCGCAAUUAUUGGUCCACCCAAAUCUGGAAAAACCACAGUCGCCCGCAUGUUUGCCCGUGAGUACAGUCUGGCUCGCCUCUCUAUCGGUGAGGUGAUGCGUAUGGUGCUCAAUACCCAGAGCAGUACGGAGCUGGCCACCCAGAUGCUGAAGCACCUGCACCAGGGUCUGACUGUGCCCGACGAACUGGCCAUUCAGUGCCUGGAGGUGGUCCUCAUGAGCUUGGUCUGCAGCACACGGGGGUACGUGUUGGAUGGUUUUCCUAUGACUAAGCGGCAGGCUGAUCUGAUGGAGGCUCAUAGCAUCAUUCCUGUUCGAGUGAUCGAGCUGCAGUUGGACACAGUGGAGGUGCUGAAGAGAGGCCUGGGAGACAAAAUGAAACCCAACAGGCCAUAUCCAAUGCAUGACAGUCCCCAGAUCCUGAACAUCCGGAAUUCCUGCUUUAAGCGGGAGGUGGAGGCGCUUCGGCAGCACUUCCGGCAGCAGUAUCACAACUGGGUUCCCGUUAACGGGCACAAAAGCAAGUGGUGGGUAUGGAAUCGGGUUCUAGAUGAAACCCGGAUAAGCAUGAGACACAUCCACAACUACUUGGAGAGGAUUCGCAAAGGUCAAGCUGCCAGUAUAGACCGCCUGUGUAUUACUCCACAUGAGCUUCAGUCUCGGCUGGGCGAGUUUGGCCACUAUUGUCCGGUCAGCCUGGCUCUCCAUCGGCACCUAGUGGACUGUUCCCUUAACACCUCCCUGGAGUUUGCUGCGGAGUUCAGGGGCCGCUACUACAAAAUGGCCUCUAGGGAGUAUCUCGAGAGGUUCCUUGAGGCUCCGGAGCAGUUUGUGGUUCCAGGGUGCCCUCAUCCACUGCCCCCUCCUCAGCUUCUGCCCUGCAGACUGAAUGCAGUCCAGGUGAAAAGUCGCUUCCCUCAGCAAGUGGAAAUGAAAGGCUUUUGCCCAGUGACCUACCUAGAUGGGCAGCAGAGGUAUGAGUCUCUGGUACGUGGCAACCUGGACUUUGCUGUGGAAUAUCGGGAGAAGAUCUACAUCUUUGAGACAGAGGAGAAACAAAACAAGUUUCUGCGGUCGCCUGACACCUACUGGGACCAGAAACUCCCUCAUAAACUUCCACCAAUGGGAGACCCAGUACAUCUGACUUCUUUACCGAUGCUUGGCUACUUGGAACAGGGUGUGGCAAAAGCCAUCAUCAAAGGCAUGACAGAAGUGGGCAACCUUAAGCCAAAGUUCCCUUACCUAAGCAUGAAGAGAUCUGCUAUGCUCUACUUGGCCUUUCAUCUGAAAGCGUACAACCCUAAGAGCUCGGACUACAUUCGGCAGAAGUACAAGAAGAAACUGGCUCAGUUCGAGGAGGCCUGCGACCUCAUUUGCUAUCUGGGUUCUGCUAUGACCAACAAGUAUCGACCCCCUCAUGACCAGCCCAUAGACUUUGAACAUAAGCUCCACAGGUUUCUGGCCCUGGAGGAAUCCACCAAAACCGCUUCAGGGUUGAUACAGCUUGGAGGCAGUUAA